AGGCGGGGCGGGUCUGGCCACGGGGCGACCGAGAUGGCGGCCUCCGGGGGCCUAGAGGGACCCUGGGCGUGCACUCGCCCUUCCGGCUCGGCCUUUAGUGACCAGCUCCUCGGCGUUCUGCAGAGCGUGGGUUUCAGCGAGUUCUACGUGCCAGGUCCGCCCGGUGCCGGCUUCCUCGCUGCCCCUGGCGGCUCGUCAGCCCCCACUACCCCUGAACUUGGUCCCAAUGGCGGCCUGCCCCUCCUUCACCCGGACCGUGGGCAUCUGGGCCUCGCCGAAGCCGCCAAGGUGGCUGCUCGGGCUUCUAGAGCCCGUGUCCAGCCCUUUGCCACCGAGGCCUGAUCCUCUUUUCUGCCCUAAAGAACUUGCCCUGACAGCCUCUGGCUCCCGCUCCUGAGGAUCUUGCUUGUCCAAACCCAGAAGACAGUGCAUGAAGCCAGGGGACAUCCGCCAUGCUCCAAACAACUUGGCCUCAGAGAUUGAGCAGGAACCUGUUGUUUCAGGAGUCAGUGACCUUUGAGGAUGUGGCUGUUUACUUCACCCAGAAUCAAUGGGCCAGCCUCGACCCUGCGCAGAGGGCCCUGUACGGGGAGGUGAUGCUGGAGAAUUAUGCAAAUGUGGCUUCUCUGGUAGCGUUUCCAUUCCCCAAACCUGCUCUGAUCUCCCACCUGGAGAGAGGGGAAGCACCAUGGGGCCCAGAUCCCUGGGACACCGAGAUUCUGAGAGGCAUCAGUCAAGGUGGUGAGUCCUGGAUCAAAAAUGAAGGGCUAGUUAUAAAGCAGGAAGCCUCUGAAGAAACAGAGUUGCACAGAAUGCCAGUAGGAGGACUUCUCAGGAACGUUUCUCAGCACUUUGAUUUUAAAAGGAAGGCACUGAAGCAGACUUUCAAUCUAAAUCCAAAUCUGAUACUUCGAGGUGGAAUGAAGUUCUAUGAAUGUAAAGAAUGUGGGAAAAUCUUCCGAUAUAACUCAAAGCUUAUUCGGCAUCAGAUGAGUCAUACUGGGGAAAAGCCCUUUAAGUGUAAGGAGUGUGGCAAAGCUUUCAAGUCCAGCUAUGAUUGUAUUGUACAUGAGAAAAACCACAUUGGAGAAGGGCCCUAUGAAUGUAAGGAGUGUGGCAAAGGAUUGAGUUCCAACACAGCCUUGACUCAACAUCAGAGGAUCCACACUGGAGAGAAACCCUAUGAAUGUAAAGAGUGUGGAAAGGCUUUCCGUAGGAGUGCGGCAUACCUGCAGCAUCAGAGAUUACACACGGGAGAGAAACUCUAUAAAUGUAAGGAAUGUUGGAAAGCUUUCGGUUGUAGGUCACUUUUUAUUGUCCAUCAGAGAAUUCAUACUGGGGAGAAACCUUAUCAAUGUAAGGAGUGUGGCAAAGCCUUCACCCAGAAAAUAGCCUCCAUUCAGCAUCAGAGAGUUCACACUGGGGAGAAGCCUUAUGAAUGUAAGGUGUGUGGGAAAGCCUUCAAAUGGUAUGGAAGUUUUGUUCAGCAUCAGAAAUUGCACCCUGUGGAGAAGAAGCCAGUCAAGGUCCUUGGGCCAUCCCUGGUCAGUCCCCAGUGCCCCUCUCCAGCCUUACCUCCUGUUCUUCUCCAGGGAUCCUGUUCUGCUUCAGCCGUGGCUGUGCCUUCACUGACCUUUCCACAUGCUGUGCUCAUUCCUACCUCUGGGAAUUUGUUCAUGCUGCUGCCUACAUCUGGAAUACCUUCUUCAUCUGCCCAAAUAGUGCGUGUCUUCCAGGGUCUUACUCCCACUGUGAAACCUUCCCCAGUUAUUCUCACUCCUUCUUCUCACUCAUCAUGAGCUUUAUCUUGGCAGUCUUACGGCUCUUAUGCCUAGCAAAUCUCCAGCCUAAUUUUAUAUAUUUUUUUGAGACAGGGUCUUGCUCUGUCACCCAGGCUAGAGUGUGGUGGUGUGAUCUUGGCUCACUGCAACCUCCCCCUCCUGGGUUCAAGUGAUUCUCCUCCUUCAGACUCUCGAAUAGCUGGGAUUACAGGCACGCCUCACCACGCCCAGCUAAUUUUUGUAUUUUUAGAAGAGAUGGGGUUUCGCCAUGUUGGCCAGGCUGGUCUCAAACACCUGACCUCAAGUGAUCCGCCUGCCUUGGCCCCCCAAAGUGCUGGGAUUACAGGAGUCAGCCACUGUGCCCAGCCUCCAACCUAAUUUGAGUUUCAGUUGUAUUUUUUUCGUCACCUUACAUGUGUUACAGCUGUUUCAACAUAAACUCCAUUAUAAUCUAUAUACAUUUAAAGACCGUGUUUACAUAAUCUCUUCUGGGUAGAAAAUGGAAAUACUUAACCUUUGCAUUGGUCCCUUUGAGGCUUGAACAACAGUGGCUGUAUCUGCAUCGUGGGGUUGCUGGUGGUAGAACACUUUGGUGUUAGGAAAGUUUGGAAAAGAGGAUAUCCCUGUAUUAGGCCAUUAUGUUUAGAGAUAAGCAGCCUGGGAAAAACAUACAAGACCUGUGGCUACUGGUAGAGAAUUGGAAUAAGCUUCCAACAAUGGACUGUAGAGAUUAAUGGAGAUUGUUUAGUGGGCCCAUGGCUAGGUGGGGUAUUAAUACAGUUGAAGUUAUGUUGCCCUUGGCACAGAUCUUUGAGAAUCUCAUACAUCUAUGAAAAAGAUAAUGUGAAAUAAACAGUAAAAAAAAAAAGUAUGUUGAUGGCAGUGAGAGUAAUCAUGUCUUUAAACGUGAAGUUUUUUUUUCUUUAGUUUUGCUCUUGAUAGCUAGAUGUUUCUUUUAACUUUUAUUUCCUAAGUAAAUAUACACAAAGGCAUUCAUCUUUGUUGAAUCUGUUGUGCAGAUUUUUCUUGAUGAGCAUUCUGUUUUUUUUUCUUUGUGAGCACUGGCUUCUAUAUUUUAUUUCAUAUUUAUGAAUUGUAAAUAUGAAUUUAAUUACUAAAGAAAUAAAAAUAAUGGUGUAAAGCCAACUCGAGGGGAAUCUGAAUAAGCCUCCAAAAUUGUUUUUUUUUAAGAAAUAAAGGGAGCUGUGUAGUGGGUCAGUGGCUAGGUAGGUUAGUGAAGUGGAAUUUGGGGUUGCUCUUGGAAGUGGCCUUGAUGAGGAUCCUUUACAACUGUUCAGAGGACUGUGUGAAGUAGUUACUGGAAAAAGAACUGAAUUAUGCAUUUAUUGGCAUUAAUGUAAACAGUAAGUCGUAAGCAUUGAUGGAAGGGUCCAUACAUUUUUUUUUUUUUUUGCUGAUGUUGCUAUCUAGAUGUUUCUCUAUAGCAAUUAAUAGCAAAACCUUUACAUUCUUGGUUUUUAAACUUUACCAUGUGCCUGAAUUACACAGUGUGCUUGUAAAAAGAAGAGUUUUCUCUCUUGCACAAAUUCUGAUUUUGGCCAUCUGUGGUGAUGGCCAGAUCUUUAGCAUGGACCAUACUUUGAGAGAUAUGCUUCAAACAGAAAAUGCCCACCCCUCCUCCUUUACCCAGCAUAAACUCUACGGUUAAUUCUUAAAAUAAUUGCCUUACAGUCUCCGUUACCUCCCUUGCCCUUCUCUUGCUUUGUCAUGCUCGCUUGGCAAAACCUCAUCUCUGACUAAAUGCAGUUCUUUGCCUUCUCUAUUCCUGCACCAAAAAUGAUCAGGAGACAGCAUAUUACCAGGCUGAAUUGUCACUUUAAAUUCAUGACCAGUAACUUCAUGGAGGCCCUUAAUGUUUCCUGAUGGUCAUACUGCAAUUUUUGGAGUCCACUUAACUCCCCUGCUUUCCUAGGCCAUUACUUUAUACUUCCUCUCUUCUGUAACUUCCAAAGCAUCCCUCUCAGUUCUCAUGCUCAGCUGAUGGUUAUGUUUCUGCCUUCGGCGAGAGAACAGCAAGCUCCAGAAAGUGGCUGCGCCUUCAGCCCCAUGCUAGAAUGAGAACAUAUGGAGCCAACUGGAGUUCGGAAGGGCUGUGGCCACCUCGUUUCGCCCAUCUACUUUUCAGCUUGCGGUAUCUGAUUCUUCACCACCGUAUUCUCAGUCACUUCCACUAAACAGUGCCACUGUUUUAAGGUUCUGUCACACUCAGUAACCCACUUCUGGUUCCUCAUUCCGUGUCAGUGAUCAGCAGUAGACUGAAGAAUCCACCUUAGAUUUGCUCCAUACUAUUAAUUAGCUUACAAAAUGUCUAAGAGGAGCUAAGCUGAGAUGCCACAUAGGCAGAAGCCAGGAAAAAUGACCAACCACAGAACCAAGUGGUUCCAGUGGAAACUCAGCAGCUGCUGGUGCCUGCUACUGGACUGCCACCCCCCAUUGAAGAGACUGGACCACCAGGAAGGUCGUUUCACAUUCUGUAGUAAAAAUACCCCUACAAUCAUUUUGGUAGGGUCUUCUGUCUUCAGCCAGGGUGUACCUGCUCAGUGGGAGUUGGUUAUAUAUGUAUGUCCAAGUUGCAGGGGCUUCUGGGAAAUACAGGUUUUGGAUUCUGCCUGGGAAGAGAGUCAUAAUAUGAAGAAGUCUGAAAAUGGGGAAGGGAUUUUCAGAAUAUGUUGAGCAGCUGUAAAAUAUCAGAUACCCAUUAUAGGCAUUGAAGGUUACCUAAAUGACAGAAGGAUGCACUAUAUUCAUGGGUAGGAAAGAUUAGUUUCAUCAAGAUUUCAAUUUUUAUCAAUUCAUAAAUUAAAAACAAUAUAAAAAUUCCAGACGGGUGUGUGUAUAGAGAGGCAAAGGACACAGAGUAGCUAACCUAGUUUUGAAGAACAAGAUGGGGGGUUUUAUGCUACCAGAUAUUAUAUACAAUGAUCAUCAAACACAGAACAAAGCAAAAAAACAAACUCCCCAAACCCAAGUUGAAACAAAAAAAAAACCCCAGACUGUAAUAGUAUUAUUAUUAUUUUUUAAGAUGGAAUCUUGCUCUGUUGCUCAGGCUGGAGUGCAGUGGUGCAAUCUUGGCUCACUGCAACCUACACCUCCCGGGUUCAAGUGAUUCUCUUGCCUCAGCCUCCUGAGUAGUGUGUGCCACCACGCCCAGCUACUUUUUUAAUUUUUAGUAGAGACAGGGUUUCACCAUGUUGGCCAGGCUGGUCUUGAGCUCCUGGCAGCCUCAAGUGAUCCACCCACCUCGGUCUCCCAAAGUGUUGGGAUUACAGGCGUGAGCCACUGCACCUGGCCUGUAACAUGAUUUGCUGAAAUUUUUAAAAAUCUAAAAUAAUGUACUGUUUAGAAAUAUACAUAUUUUAUACAAAAUUAUAAAGAAAGCAUAGAGAGGUAAGCAUUAGUGGCACAGCUGAGAAAAUAUAAAAGGUAGUUCUGUCUCUAUCCUGUCUCCUUUAUUCUGCUACUGCUCUCAUUCUGUCUCAUCCCAGGAAUCCAGUCCCAAGUGCUGCCUGCCAAUCGUCCAGCACCCUCCACCUUUGUCACCUAUUUCUUGUUGUAAAACAGAUGUUUGUUUCUAAAAUAUAAUGAAUUAAUGAUUAUCAAAGUACAGGCAUACCUCAUUUUAUUGCAGUUUGUUUUAUUGUGUCUUGCGGAUAUUGCAUUUUUUACAAACUGAAGGUUUGUGGCAGGCCUGUGUUGAGCAAGACUGUCAGUGCCAUUUUUUUUCAACAGCAUGUGCUCACUUCAUUUUUCUGUGUCUUAUACAGAAACUUAAAAUAUUUCAAACUUUUCAUUAUAUGCGUUUUGGUGAUUAGUGAUCUUUUAUGUUUCUAUUGUAAUUGUUUUGGGGUGCCACAGACUGCAUCCAUGUAAGACAGUGAGCUUAGUUGAUGUGUGUGUGUGUGUGUGUGUGUGUUCUGAUUACUCCACUAACUGAUGGUUCCCCAUCUCUCUCCCUCUCCUCAGACCUCACUAUUCUCUCAGACACAACAGUAUUGAAAUUAGACCAAUUGAUAACCUUGCAAACACCUUUAAGUGUUUAAGUGAAAAAGUCACAUGCCUCUCACUUUAAAUCAAAAGCUAGAAAUGGUUAAGUUUAGUGAGGAAGGCUAAUGUCAACAGCUGAGAUAGGCCAAAAGCUAGACUGCUUCUGCCAAACAGUCAAGUUGUGAAUGCAAAAGAAAAGUUCUUGAAGGAAAUGAAAAGUACUUCUCCAGGGAACACAUGAACGAUAAUAAAGUGGCCGGGUGCAGUGGCUGACACCUAGAAUCCCAGCACUUCGGGGAGCCAAAGUGGGAGGAUCCCCUGAAGCCAGGAGUCUGAGACCAGCUUGGGCCACAAAGUGAGACCCCUGUCUCUACAAAAAAUUAAAAAUUUAGCUGGGUGUGGUUGUGCAUGCCCAUAGUCCAAUCUACUUGGGAGGCUGAAGUGAGAGGAUCCCUUUAGCCAGGGAGUUCGAAACUGCAGUGAGCUAUGAUUGUGCCACUGCACUCUAGCCUGUAUGACAGAAUGAAACCGAAAAAAGUGAAACAGCAUUAUUACUGAUGUGGAGAAAGUUUUAGGGGUCUGGAUCAAACCAACCACAAAUUCCCUUAAGCCAAAACCUAAUCCAGAGCAAGGCCAUAACUUCCAUUGUAUGAAGGCUGAGAGAAGUGAGGAAGCUGCAGGAAAGUUUGAAGCUAGCAGAGGUUGGUUCAUGAGGUUUAAGAAGUCAUCUUAUCAUAAAAGUGCAAGGUGAAGCAGCAAGUGCUGGUGUAGAAGCUGUAGCAAUUUAUCCAGAUCUAGCUAAGUUAAUUGAUGAAGUUGCUACACCACGAGAUUUUCAGUGUAUUCCAAACAGCCUUCUUUUGGAAGAAGAAACCAUCUAGGACUUUCGUGGAGAAGAGAAGUUAAUCCCUGGCUUAAAAGCGUCAAAGGACAGCUCGUCUCUCUUGUUAGGGGUUCAUGCAGCUGGUAACUUUAAGUUGAAGCCAAUGUUCAUUUAGCAUUCAGAAAAUCCUAGGGCCCAUAAGAAUUACGCUAAAUCCACUCUGCCUGUGCUCUAGAAAUGGAAGAUCAAAGCCUGGAUGACAGCACAUCUGUUUACAGCAUGGAUUACUGAAUAUUUUAAGCCCACUGUUGAGACCUACUAAAUAUUAGGAAAAAAGAAUUCUGUCAGGUGUGGUGGCUCACACUUGUAAUCCCAGCACUUUGGGAGGCCAAGGCAGGUGGAUCACUUGAGGUCAGGAGUUUGAGACCAGCCUGACUAACAUGGAGAAACCCUAUCUCCACUAAAAAUACAAAGAUUAGCUGGAUGUGGUGGUGUGUGCCUGUAAUCCCAGCUACUUGGGAGGCUGAGGCAGGGGAAUUGCUUGAAUCCGGAGGCAGAGGUUGCAGUGAGCUGAGGUUGCACCACUGUGCUUCAGCCUGGGUAACAGAGUGAGACUGUCUCAAAAAAAAAAAAAAAAUUCAUUCCAAAUAUUACUGCUCGUUGAUAAUGCAUCUGGUCACCCAAGAGUUCUGAUGGAGAUGUACAAAGAGAUUAAUGUUUUUAUGUCUGCUAAACAACAUCCAUUCUGCAGGAUCCAUUACUCCAUGGUCCAAGGAGUAAUUUUGACUUUCAAGUAUUAUUUAAGGAACACAUUUUGUAAGGCUGUGGCUGCCAUAGUGGUUCUUCUGUACAAAGUAACUUGAAAACCUUCUGGAAAGGAUUCAUCAUUCUAAAUGCCAUUAAGGACAUUUGUGAUUCAUGGGAGAAGGUCAAAAUAUCAACAUUAACAGGAGUUCAGAAGACAUUGACCUCAACCCUGAUGGAUGAUUUUGAGGGGUUCAAGACUUCAGUGGACGAAGUAACUGCAGAUGUGGUGGAAAUAGCAAGAUAACUAGACUUAGAAGUGGAACCUGAAUAUGUGACUGAAUUGCUGCAAUCUCAUGAUAAAACGUGAACAAAUGAGGAGUUGCUUCUAAUAGAAGAGCCAUAAAAGUGGUUUCUUGAGAUGGAAACUACUCCUGGUGAAGAUCCUGUGACCAUUGUUGAAAUGACAACAAAGGACUUAGAAUAUUACAUAAACUUAGUUGAUAAAACAGCAGCAGAGUUUGAGAGGAUUGACUUCAAUUUUGAAGAAUGUUCCACUGUGGGUAAAAGGCUAUCCAACAGCAACACAUGCUACAGAUAAAUCUUUUGGAAAGGAAGAGUCAGUUGAUGUUGCAGCCUUCCUUGUUGUCUCAUUUAAAGAAAUCUCUAGAGCCACACUAACCUUUAGCAACCACCACACCGAUCAUUCAGCAGCCAUCAACAGUGAGGCAAGACUGUCUUCCAGCAACAAAGACUCACUGAAGACUUAGAUUAUCAUUAGCAUCUUUUAGCAAUAAAAUAUUUUUAAAAUAAAGUAUGUACAUUGUCAGAUAUAAUGCUAUUGCAAACUUAAUAGACUAUAGUAUAGAUUAAACAUAACUUUUAUAGGUACUGGAAAAUAAAAAUAAUUGUGUGACUCC